AAGAUUUUAAAAAUGUCAUUCUUAUCACUUUCUACUUCUCUUGACUUGUUCCCUAAUAAUGUCUUCUUAACCAUACUAGCGACUCUCGUAUCCGGUUUACUUAUAACCAUUACGUACCGGAAACGCAAUUCAAACCGUUUAAAUCUCCCGCCAGGCCCACCAGGAUGUCCGGUGAUCGGAAACUUAUUUCAGUUCACUCGCUCCGGGAAACAGUUUUUCGAGUACGUUGAGGAUCUCGUAAAGAUCUACGGUCCGAUUCUUACUCUCAGGCUUGGUACUCGAACAAUGAUCAUCAUCUCCGACGCGAGUCUCGCCCAUGAAGCGUUAAUCGAACGUGGAGCCCAAUUCGCGACCCGACCCGUUGAAACUCCGACCCGGAAAAUAUUCAGCUCCAGUGAAAUCACAGUUCAUUCCGCCAUGUAUGGACCUGUGUGGAGGUCAUUGAGACGGAACAUGGUUCAGAACAUGCUUAGCUCGAAUCGGAUCAAGGAGUUUGGUUCUGUUAGAAAAUCCGCCAUGGAUAAACUCAUCGAGAGGAUCGAAUCUGAAGCUAGAGGCAACGAAGGACUCGUCUGGGUUCUGAAAAACAGUAGAUACGCUGCGUUUUGUGUUUUGUUAGAUAUGUGUUUUGGGGUUGAGAUGGAAGAGGAAUCAAUUGAGAAGAUGGAUCAGUUGAUGACGGCGAUAUUAAACGCCAUUGAUCCAAAACUCCACGAUUACCUUCCGAUCUUAACGCCGUUUAACUACAAUGAGAGAGAUCGCGCUCUGAAGCUUCGCCGAGAACUUGUAGAUUUCGUCGUCAAAUUCAUCGAGAAAAGACGGAGGGUGAUUCUGAUCGAAACGGCGUCGUCUUUCUCGUAUCUUGAUACACUCUUUGAUCUUAGAGUCGUAGAAGGAAGUGAAACGACGCCGUCUGAUGAAGAUCUUGUAACGCUCUGUUCGGAGUUUCUCAAUGCCGGCACGGAUACGACGGGGGCGGCGAUCGAGUGGGGAAUCGCAGAGUUGAUAGCGAAUCCCGAGAUUCAAUCUCGACUGUACGAUGAGAUUAAAUUAACGGUUGGAGAUCGUGCGGUCGAUGAACGAGAUGUGGAAAAAAUGGUCUUUUUACAAGCUGUAGUCAAGGAGAUUCUCCGGCGACAUCCACCGACUUACUUUACAUUAAGUCACGGUGUAACGGAACCGACUACUCUCUCUGGCUAUAACAUCCCAGUCGGGGUCAACAUUGAGUUUUAUCUUCCGGGAAUUAGCGAAGACCCGAAGAUCUGGUCCGAGCCGAAAAAGUUUGACCCGGACCGGUUCUUAUCAGGGCGGGAAGACGCCGAUAUAACAGGAGUCGCUGGAGUGAAGAUGAUGCCUUUUGGUGCUGGCCGUAGGAUCUGUCCGGGAAUGGGAAUGGCAACGGUACAUGUGCAUUUGAUGAUAGCACGGAUGGUUCAAGAGUUUGAGUGGUUCGCCUAUCCACCGCAGAGCGAGGUAGAUUUUGCUGGGAGGUUGGUGUUUGCGGUUGUGAUGAAGAAGCCGUUGAGAGCCAUGGUUAGACCUAGGGUUUAA